AUGACGCUCUUCCCUCUUCUCUCGUCCUCCUCCUCCUCUCCGUGCGUCUCUCACAACAACAACUGUCGUUCUUCUUCUUCUUCUUCUUCUUCUUCUCGUUGUUUUUCCUCCAAAUCAUCGUUUUCAACUUUAUCGCGAGGUAAAGGAGGAAAGAUUCAUCAGAAUCACUAUUCAACGAUUGCAACACGAGCGACGAGGAGUAACGACAGCAACAACAACAUUAACAACAAUUCUAAAUACAUCGAGAAAGCGAAAGUGCAAGAUUUAUUGUCGAAUUUGGAGCGAUGGCUUCGAGAGAACGGGUCGGAGAUGAACGAAAAGUGCGAGUUUGGGUUUAGCUCUAUGAUGGAAGAAGAUAACACUUUGAUGAUUCGUAAAAACACGUGCGGUAUUUUCAAUCGUGGUAGUAAAAGUAGUAGUACAAGUAGUAGUAGGAGUAACAUCAGCAGCGACGAUAACACGAGUAUUAAAAAGAACGAGUCGAUCUUAAAAGUUGGCGAUUCGGUGUGGAUGACUGCGGAGAAAGCGAGAGAAGAUGCGGACGGGAAGUGCGGGAAGAUUUUAAAGCGUCUGGCGGCGCAAGGCGAAGCCGCGCCGGCGUGGGUGGAACUUUCCGUGUAUUUGGUGUGCGAACUCGAGAAAGGCGAAAGUUCGUUUUACGCGCCGUAUUUGAGUUAUUUACGCGAAGCGACGGUGUUAGAGUCGCCGCUAUUUUGGUCGACGGAGGACGUGAACGCAAUCGCCGGGUCGCAACUCCUCGACGACGCGGCUGGGUACGAUUCGUACGUUCGAGGCACGUACGAGUCGUUGAAUUUAAGCAACGACGGUGUACCGGAGGAUACGUUCUUGUGGGCGUUUGGAAUUUUACGGUCUCGAGCGCAACAACCCAUGCGAGACGGGUCGGAAGUUACCUUAGUUCCCGGGUUGGACAUGUUAAACCACAAGGCGAGAUAUUCGGAGAACGAUUUUGGGGUUGGCGGGAAGAAGAAAAAGCCAGAUUGGCAAGUCUACGAGGCAGGUAUGGACGACGGCGCGAUGGGUUCACCCAUGGCGGCGAUUACAAACUUAUUCGGCGGUGGUGGGAAGAAGGAGGACGCCAGGGGGAGCAGCGGUAGCGGUAAGAGUAGCGGCGCAAAAAGCGAGAAUAACAACAUCAAAUUCGCCUCGUUUCGAGCGCAACAAGAUACCAUUCAACCGGGCGAGGAAAUUUUUAUGGAUUACUACGCCUCCAUCAACUUCGACGAGCGACCUUUGGAUGGUAAAACCUGCGUCGAUUACGGCUUCGUCGAUCCCGUGGAACGAAACGGUGGCUACGAGUUACGAAUAGGCAUUCCAGAAAACGAUCCAAACAGAGACGAUAAAAUCGACAUUUGCGACGUGAGUCAACAAAUCAUAGGCGGCGGCGACGAUCCAACCUUUUAUUUAAAAGCGUACGAAGAUCCAGAUCCAAACUUGCGCGUUUUCAGCAGAUUGUUGAACAUCCAAGGCUCGGACGCGUUUUUGUUGGAAGCUUUGUUUCGAAACAACGCGUGGGAGUUGAUUUCCGAACCCGUCUCGAAAGAGAACGAAACGCAAGCCUGCGAAACGAUGAUUGCGGGAUGCAAAGACGCUCUGUUGCAAUACGAAACGAGCAUCGAACAAGACGAGGACAUGUUAUCGAUCCAGGACAUUUCCGACGAAAAGCUUCUCUCCAUUCGCGUCUUGUUGGGCGAAAAAAAAGCGCUCAGAAACACGUUGCGAUAUUUCGAAACCAUUCGCGCCUCUGUCGAUCGCUUAGAGUAUUACCAAGAGCGACGCUUGAGGCAGUUAAACUUGUUGGACGAGGACGGGAGUUCCACGUACGAUCCAUUCAACGAUUUCAUAGCUUAA